AUGUCACUGACAGGUUACUUGAUAGACUGUGGUAUUCCUUAUGUAGAGGGAGCUGAUAUAAAUAGUUCAGACAGAUGGGAUGCAAUUGGGAUCCGGAGACAGAUGCAUCUGAAAUGUUACAAAGAGUUUAACCUAACCGGAUCCGGGCUUUUCAGUUGUCCGUCGAGUGGAAAAUGGAUAGCGGAUUUAAGAUGUGAUUCUGAAUGGAAGAUUUAUGAAGACAACAUAUACAUACUCCAAGAAUUGCAUCUUAAUUGGCAGCAAGCCAAGGAAAAGUGUGAAGAAUAUCAGGCGUAUUUGGUAGAAAUAAACUCAAAGAAUGAAAAUAUCUGGAUUACAGAGAAACUGGUGAAUCCAUUCCACGGAAAGCCGAAUAGAAUUACUGUUUUCUGGAUCGGUGCCAGUGAUAUAAAGCAGGAGGGAAGUUUUACCUGGAGCAAGAGCAAGACGUUACUUAAAAAUACAGAUUACACAAACUGGAACAGAGGAGAACCAAACGACGCUGGUAGGAAUGAGGAUUGCGUCCUUUUAUCACUGGAUUUAAAAGGAAAAUGGAAUGACUUUCCAUGUAAAUCGAAGCUUCCUUUUGUUUGUGAAAAAGAACUGAAAUAA